UCGAUUGUGGAGGAGCCUUCUUCGACCAAAAAGAGAAAUUUCACCGAAGAAAUCUGGCGAAGAAAGUCGAAGAAGGAUCUCGUAGCCGUGGGGAAAAUUGAAUCGAAAUCUCGUUUGUUCGUGCUGCCCGUUUCUGGUGCGGGUCUCCGUGUUCUUUGUUGCUCUGUGUGUGCUGUUGUUUGUUGCAGUUCGUAUAGGGCCAGCAGGUGAAAAUUGUGCAGGGAAAACCGCGGAGUGUAGGUGAAAAAUCGAAUCGACGUAAAAGUUCACUUCCUCAUCGGCAUCGACAUGUCUCGAACGAUCACCGAGCGGAGCCGGUCGACCGCUGCAGCUUGGUGUCCUUGGCAGUAGGCGGUGGAGUUUUUGUGUAGUGGCUAAGAAUUUGGGAGACGAGAUCGCAGAAUCGCACGCACGAUGGAAUCAGUGAAUCCAAUGGCCAAUGUUGAUGAUGACACCCUACCGGCGCCGGAAUCUACAGGCAUGAGCGAUGAUCGACGGAGUUCGCUACCGGGGGUGGUAUACAGACUGUGCGCCAUUCCGCCGGAGCAGGACGGUGAGGAGAGUCAGCUGCGAAAGGGACUGAACCGUGUCUCAACCGAUUCGGCAACGUCUACGUACGAAAUGGUGGAAGCCGCCGGUAGCAGCCACUCACCCGCAUCCGAUAGCAAUAGCAGCAGUACCGAGGAGCACGAUGGAGUGGAUGCGGAUGCCGAUGAAGAGGAGGACGGAGAGGAAGAGGAAGAGGAGGACGAGGAGAUGUGGAGCAAUAUUGUGCGCAUUAACAAAGCAACGAGCGCAACGGUAGCCGAAUUGACGGGCGGCAGCAACAGUACGGCUGGCGCGAGCAACAUCGAGAUCAUCGAGUACGAAGUGCAGGAGCCUAUGACUAGCGGUACAAGCGGCAUUGCCAUGGCGACGGAAUCAUUCGAGCGAGAAGGUGGUGGUCUAGUGACCGAUGCGGAUGCCAGUGACCUGCUGUUGCAGCGCAAACGGUUCGAUCUGGCCCGCUCAUCGACGAAGGAGGAAAAGCAGCGGCACAACGAGGAAAUCGUCAUCAUGAAGUCAAACUCGUUGUCCUCCGAUACGACCACUAACUCGUGGGAACCGGUAAGCGUGGAGGCAUGCUGUGCGGAUGGAGAGGACCAGCAACCAGCAGUCGACGCUCCAGCGAUCGUCGUACCAUCUGCACCCUCGAAAGCAUGCUUCAUCGAUGCAUCGUCCCUGUUCGACGAUGAUGAAAUCGUCUAUCCAUCGUUCCAGGAACCACAGGUCGCCUGGGGACCAGCAAGCGUUGGCACCAGCAGCCAAUCGCACUCCGAAUCGAAUGUACAGCUUUCCUCGAUCCUUCUCUGUGAUGACGAGAAGAUCGCUCGACCAACGAUUGGUGGUAUCGCACACGAUGAAGUGAAAGAUCAAUUCAGUGCCGCGUCUAGGGAUGAUUACCUUGCGUCCAAGCUGAAACACUCCGAUCCAGGCACUGAAAGCAGCUCCUCUACGAUCGAUAAUGAAGAAGUGCUUGCUAGGCAGCAGUCGGAGCGAAAGCAGGGUACACUGUUGUUUCAGAACUCGAUCCAACAGUUUUCCGGUCUGCUGAUCGAUGGCCCAGCAACGGGAUGUCCAGUGGAGGAAGCCUACAGUGAUCUUUCACUCCCCAGUGUUUACUCAUCCGGCAGUGAGCGGAACUAUGGCGGUGAGUACGGACCACUGUCGAUCAGCGAUACUCAGCGCUAUUCGCUGACAAGUACCGGUGGGACCUGCGGUGGUGCCACCGAAGGUUUCAGGCGGUUGAGUGGCAACGGGGGAACAACGAGCACGACCAGCGGUUAUAAUUCUAGCUCCGCUGAGUACAACAGUCGCACGCAGGCUACGAGCGAUGUGGAAUCAUCAGGACACUAUCCACACACACCGUUCAACUCGAUCGUACAUGUUGGUAGCUCUGCUAGUGCAAACGUCGGAUAUCAACCAGUGUACGCUAGUGGUGGCGAGGGAGACGGAAACGGUAGCCGGGCCAGCUCGAUUGACCGGGAUUCACAUUCGACACCAAUCCGCAUACCGAAACGCGUGCAGAAGCAUGACGAGUCGGCUCCAAUCGUAUCCGGUGGUGCUUCGAUUGAGGACUUUACGCCGAAACAGUGCGAAAGUCCAUCGGUUCGCCGGCGAACCGAUACCUGUCCGAUCGUGUCCGGCGGCAUAAGUUUCGACGAAGAUCCGAGAGACGCACAGCAGCAGUUGCUGCAGCAACAACAAAGCCGCCUUUCUGGUGGCCGAUUGAGCAAGAGUAGCUCGGGUAAAUCGUGGGUUGUCGAUCUGAAAAACUGUCCCGAUGACGAAAAGCGAGUUGCCGCGAACUCGCUCGACAUAGGAAACGGGCAGCAGCAGUCGAGAAGCUGUGGACUAGGAUUUUACGUGGAUCUGGGAGCUCUCAAAACCCCCGAAGAGGAGAAGGCGAUUACGGUUAAUCGGGCGGCACGACCGUCAGUCGUGCGUUCCGAUGUGAUGA